GAGGCGCGGGCGGACUGCGGACGGCGGGGCUAGGACCCAGCGGCUCCGGCAGAGCGGAAGCGGCGGCGGGAGCUUCCGGGAGGGCGGCUCGCAGGCACCAUGACUCCUGUGAGGACGCAGCACUCCCUGGCAGGUCAGACCUAUGCCGUGCCCCUCAUCCAGCCAGACCUGCGGCGAGAGGAGGCCGUCCAGCAGAUGGCGGAUGCCCUGCAGUACCUGCAGAAGGUCUCUGGAGACAUCUUCAGCAGGAUCUCCCAGCGGGUAGAGCAGAGCCGGAGCCAGGUGCAGGCCAUUGGAGAGAAGGUCUCCUUGGCCCAGGCCAAGAUUGAGAAGAUCAAGGGCAGCAAGAAGGCCAUCAAGGUGUUCUCCAGUGCCAAGUACCCUGCUCCGGAGCGCCUGCAGGAAUAUGGCUCCAUCUUCACAGGCGCCCAGGACCCUGGCCUGCAGAGACGCCCCCGCCACAGGAUCCAGAGCAAGCACCGCCCCCUGGACGAGCGGGCCCUGCAGGAGAAGCUGAAGUACUUUCCUGUGUGCGUGAGCACCAAGCCGGAGCCCGAGGAUGAUGCGGAAGAGGGACUUGGGGGUCUUCCCAGCAACAUCAGCUCUGUCAGCUCCUUGCUGCUCUUCAACACCACCGAGAACCUGUACAAGAAGUAUGUCUUCCUGGACCCCUUGGCUGGUGCUGUAACAAAGACCCAUGUGAUGCUGGGGGCAGAGACAGAGGAGAAGCUGUUUGAUGCCCCCUUGUCCAUCAGCAAGAGAGAGCAGCUGGAACAGCAGGUCCCAGAAAACUACUUCUAUGUGCCAGACCUGGGCCAGGUGCCUGAGAUUGAUGUGCCAUCCUACCUGCCUGACCUGCCCGGCAUUGCCAACGACCUCAUGUACAGUGCUGACCUGGGCCCCGGCAUUGCCCCCUCUGCCCCUGGCACCAUUCCAGAACUGCCCACCUUCCACACUGAGGUAGCCGAGCCUCUUAAGGCAGACCUACAAGAUGGGGUACUAACAGCACCCCCACCACCCCCACCGCCCCCACCACCUCCCCCAGCUCCUGAGGUGCUGGCCAGUGCACCCCUACUCCCACCCUCAACCGCGGCCCCUGUAGGCCAAGGCGCCAGGCAGGACGACAGCAGCAGCAGCGCGUCUCCUUCAGUCCAGGGAGCUCCCAGGGAAGUGGUCGACCCCUCUGGUGGCCGGGCCACUCUGCUAGAGUCCAUCCGCCAAGCUGGGGGCAUCGGCAAGGCCAAGCUGCGCAGCGUGAAGGAGCGAAAGCUGGAGAAGAAGAAGCAGAAGGAGCAGGAGCAAGUGAGAGCCACGAGCCAAGGUGGGGACUUGAUGUCGGAUCUCUUCAACAAGCUGGUCAUGAGGCGCAAAGGCAUCUCUGGGAAAGGACCUGGGGCUGGUGAGGGGCCUGGAGGAGCCUUUGCCCGCGUGUCAGACUCCAUCCCUCCUCUGCCGCCACCGCAGCAGCCACAGGCAGAGGACGAGGACGACUGGGAAUCCUAGGGGGCUCCAUGACACCUUCCUCCCCCAGACUCAGACUUGGGCCGUUGCUCUGACAUGGACACAGCCAGGACAAGCUGCUCAGACCUGCUUCCCUGGGAGGGGGUGGUGAUGGAACCAGCACUAUGCGGAGACCAGCUUCAAGGAGCGGAAGGCUGGCCUGAGGCCACACAGCUGGGGCGGGGACUUCUGUCUGCCUGUGCUCCAUGGGGGGACGGCUCCACCCAGCCUGCACCAGUGUGUUCUUCUCUUCUCUAAAGAGGCUUCCAGAGAAAACGGCACACAAAUCAAUAAAGAACUGAGCUGAGCAGAAA